AUGGACACUUAUAAUGACUCAGCUUCUUCUUUUCUUCAAUAUCGGCAGGCAUCGGAAAACGGCGUCAGCAAACCACCGCCGGCUUACCAAAUGGCCCUCCACUCGGUCCGCAAGAUUCCGGCGAGGAACGUAAUUACGAAAAAGCCCAUCCAAGCGCCCCUGCCCCCGACCCACCCGAAAGUCUACAAGGUGGACCCCGUUGAUUUCCGGGAUGUUGUUCAGAGGCUCACGGGUGCGAAGCACUUUCAGCCGGCGCGGCUGCGGGAGGCGGCGCCGCCGCCCCUGAGCCUCUCCCUACCGCAGCCGGGGACUGCCGUUGGCGGAUUUUCGACCGGAGGCGAAGAUGGUAAGAGCCAGAAAUCGGUCGAGAGCCCGAUUGGGUUUAGCAUGUCACCUUCGUCGCUGGCGUGGUGUACGGCCAUGCUUUUGAGUCCUCGACCACUUUAA